CAAGACGCCGCGAUCGGGAGCUACGUCAUGGAAGUCCUCGACGGCGUCCGCCCGGGCGAAGCCGCCAACGCGGACCCUUCGAAGCCGCGCCUGCCCGCGCCGAAACUGUACGAUUACGACACGAUCGUGUCGAAGGUGAAGCCGAACAAGGAGCUCACGGAGUCCGUCGAGGCCGCGUUCGCGGAGCUCGCGAAAGGGAAAGUCGACGUCCCGCUCCCGAUGCACAUCGGGAUCGCGGAAACCGCCGCCGCCGGCCCCGGGGACUGCCACAUCAAGGGCGGAUACAUCGAAGGCGCGCCGACGUGGACGGUAAAGCUCGCGUGCGUGAGCUUCUACAAGAACGUCGAGAAAGGCCUUCCCGCGGGCAGCGGCGUGUUCGUCGUCUGCGACGCCACGAACGGCGGCCCGAAGGCGGUCCUUCACGAGAACCGCUACCUCACGGACAUGCGCACGGGCGCGGCGGGCGCCGUGUGCGUCAAGCAUCUCGCGGUGAAGGGCGCCAAGUCCGUCGCGUUCAUCGGCACGGGCGUCAUCGCGGAGUCCAUGGCGCGCUCCACGGCGACCGUGUACGGGUUCGAGCAAGGGUACGGAUACUCCAGGAACAUCGACAAGGCGACGGCGUUCUGCGACAAGAUGCAGAAGGAGCUCGGGUACGACUUCAAAGCGUGCGACUCCGCGGAGGAGGCGGUGCGAAACGCGGACGUCGUCUUCACGCAAACUCCCGGCGGCGAGUGGGUCCUCGACCUCGCGUGGUUGAAACCGCACGCGACGAUCAUCGCGUCCGGGUCCGAUCAGCCCACGAAGAACGAGAUCCCGCCCGAGGUGAUGAAGAAAGCGAAGGUCAUCACGGACAUCACCGCGCAGUGCGUCCGCGUCGGCGAGGUCCGAAGCGCCGUCGCCGCGGGCGUCAUGAAGGAGUCGGACGUCCACGCGGAGCUCGGGGAGAUCAUCAACGGCAGCAAGAAGGGGCGGCAAGGGAAGGAGCUGAUCGUGUGCGACCUCACGGGGACCGGCGCGCAGGACGCGGCGAUCGGGAGUUACGUCAUGAACGUUUUGGAUUGACGAAGAGCGACGAGAGGGCGGAGCGGGUCCCUCCCGCGUUUAGCAGCGUUUGUUUCUGUUGUACACCCCAAAGACGAGUAUCAGAUUG